AUGACAGGAACAAUUAGAGGUCCAAUCUCUCUCUCAGCACUAGUUAGUCAAGAGUUUAACUCAGUACAUCACCAUAAUGAACGUAGAAAAUCGAGCGCUUCAUCUCAGAUAGUGGACUAUUCAUAUGGCGGCAUUGAAAUGUUAGAUAGUUUAGAAUCGAUAAUGUUCGCUCAAUUAUAUGAUUUGUUGGUGAUGACCUUCCACUUGGUUAUUGGACUUGGAAAGAUUAUUGUAGAGCUAGGAUGGAGCAGUUUUCAAUUCUUGACAUCAUCCAUUGUUUAUUUUGAAGUAGAUACUUCCAUUUAUUCGACAUCACCUCACAUAGCCACCAAUAGAAGACAUAGUGAUGGCAAUAAUGAUUUCCGUUUGACAUCCUCUCCAAGUGAUGAUUUGAACAUUUCCCUUUCGUUACAGCAAGAUAGACGAAAGUCCUCACUCUUCGAUAUACCACUAAUGGACAUUGAUGCAAUUAUUGAGCGUGUAGCCAAUGAAUUAGCUGAGAUUAUCCACCAAGCAUUACACCCAACUUCUUCUCCAUCAUUAUCCAAUGUUUCGAAUACUGGUACCCACAACAAGAUGGAAAAAACUCUUUCCAUGCAAGUAAUUGAACCAGCAUCAUCACAUAAUGAAGAUACAGUACCUCUCUCUUCUAUGCUGUUGGAUGAAAAUGCAUGUGAUUCUCUCGAUAAGGUCCAACUGAAAGCAAGACUGAACCAAUUUGUCUUUCCUUUCUUUUCUCCAUCCAAAUAA